ACGGCUCCGGGCUCGCUCCCUGACCCGGUCCCGCCGGGGUCGCGUCCCACUGAGGGCUCCUUGCAGUACCCGCGCCCUCAUGGACUAGGUUUCCACCGCUUCCAGGCGGAGCUAGAAUUGCACUUCCGGAUGAAACACCUGUCGCCUAAAAUUAAAGCCCAAAAUACCCCCGCGCUCCCACAGUAACUCCUUGAAAAGUGGGACUCAGAUUCUGGAACGUGCGGACCGCUUAAUGCGAACUUGGCAGAGUUUCACCCAUCCGGGCAGCGCUAGAGAGAAGGGAGGCCUGCAGAAGAGCCUGGGCCACGCCCAGACGGUUUCUGGAGUCUGAGAAGUCCGAGAUCCAGGUUCUGGGGCCUCUUCUCUUCGCAUGGACCAGGUAUGUGGCCACCAUUUCACUGUGAGCUCAUAAGACCUCUUGGUGAACCAGCAGGCAAGACAGCAAGUUCUUCGGUGACUCUUGUAAGAACACCAGUUCCCUCAGGAGGGAUCUACCCGUAAGCCCUCACUUUACCCUACUUGCAAACACCCUCGCUGGGAGGAUUUAGCACACACCAGAAGCCUUUGUGUCGAGCUCUCCACACCCUCUCAGUAGCACCUGCCUGAGGCUUCCCUGGCUGCCAGGGCUGGGAGCCCCGGGCAGACCGACCUGUCUGCAGAACUUGUCCGGCCCUCCCCGGGAGGCCAGCCGGACUCUCAGAGUCAGGUCUUCCUCAUCAGCCUCUGAGUGACCACGAAAUGAAGGCACCCAGCUCUGCUCUGCACCUGCCUCUCUGCUUUGGGGGACUUUUGUCAGCUGAGCAGGAUCUCCAAGCCAGGCUGGUUCUCUGCAUUCUUUGAAUGGCCGGUCUUCCUCUGUGGCCACAGGUUUAGUGGUGAGAGAGAGCUACGUGGAAUCCAGCGGGCGCUCCGCCAAGUCAGCAACUUGUAGCCCUGCUGGGGAAGCAGUCGAGGUUCAAGUCACAGCAAAACCCUGGCCUGCCCUCCUCCUGAGGUCCAGGGGCAGCCAGACCUCUCCUCUGAAGCCAUGGGCCCCUCCCACCCUGCACUCCCACCCCUGGCCAAGCUUGGCCUGUGGUGGCUCCUUCUGACCCCAGCAGUGUCGGCGCCGCGAGCCCCCCACACCCAAGCUGAGGAUCGCCUCUUCAAACACCUCUUCAGGGCUUACAACCGCUGGGCACGGCCAGUGCCCCACACCUCGGACGUGGUCAUCGUGCGUUUCGGGCUGUCCAUAGCCCAGCUCAUUGAUGUGGAUGAGAAGAACCAGAUGAUGACCACCAACGUCUGGCUCAAGCAGGAGUGGAGCGACCACAAGCUGCGCUGGAACCCGGCCGAGUUCGGCAACAUCACCUCCCUCCGCGUCCCUUCGGAGAUGAUCUGGAUCCCGGACAUUGUCCUGUACAACAAUGCAGAUGGGGAGUUUGUGGUGAACCACAUGACCAAGGCCCACCUCUUCUCCACGGGCACCGUGCACUGGGUGCCCCCGGCCAUCUACAAGAGCUCCUGCAGCAUCGACGUCACCUUCUUCCCCUUCGACCAGCAGAACUGCAAGAUGAAGUUCGGCUCCUGGUCGUAUGACAAGGCCAAGAUCGACCUGCAGCCGAUGGAGCAGACGGUGGACCUGAAGGACUACUGGGAGAGUGGCGAGUGGGCCAUCGUCAACGCCACGGGCACCUACAACACCAAGAAGUACGACUGCUGCGCCGAGAUCUACCCCGACGUCACCUACUACUUUGUCAUCCGGCGCCUGCCCCUCUUCUACACCAUCAACCUCAUCAUCCCCUGCCUGCUCAUCUCCUUCCUGACCGUGCUCGUCUUCUACCUGCCCUCCGACUGCGGGGAGAAGAUCACCCUGUGCAUUUCCGUGCUGCUCUCGCUCACUGUCUUCCUCCUGCUCAUCACCGAGAUCAUCCCCUCCACCUCCCUGGUCAUCCCGCUCAUCGGUGAAUAUCUGCUCUUCACCAUGAUCUUCGUCACCCUGUCCAUCGUCAUCACGGUCUUCGUCCUCAAUGUCCACCACCGCUCCCCCCGCACCCACAAUAUGCCCCACUGGGUGCGGGGGGCCUUUCUCAGCCGUGUGUCCCGGUGGCUACUGAUGAAACGGCCUCUGCCACCCUUGGAGCUCCAUGGCUCCCCAGAUCUGAAGCUUGACCCCCCCUAUUACUGGCUGGAGACCAAUGUGGAUGCACAGGAGAGGGAGGAGGAGGAGGAGGAGGAAGAGGAGGAGGAAGAAGAGGAAGAGGAGGAGGAGGAGGACAGAUGGGUGCCAUCCCCCUCCACGGGUGUCCUCUACAGCCAUGGUGGUCUGCACCAAAGGCUCUCUGGUCCCAAGGCGAAGGCCCCAUUGCAGAAGGGCGGGCUCCUGCUGUCACUUCGCAUGCAGAAGGCACUGGAAGGCGUGCACUAUAUUGCUGAGCACCUGCGUUCUGAGGACGCUGAUUCUUCGGUGAAGGAAGACUGGAAGUACGUGGCCAUGGUCAUUGACAGGAUCUUCCUCUGGCUGUUCGUCAUCGUCUGCAUCCUGGGGACCGUGGGACUCUUUCUCCCCCCGCUCCUGGCUGGAAUGAUCUGACUUCACAUCCCUGGCUUCCGCCCGAAGAUGGCCCCGCUGCCCCUGUUUGCUGCUGCCUUUAGAGUCCGCCUUUGGGGUCCACACCCCGUGACUGCCGGUGCCUCUCCGUGGCCUCCCGACGCUGGCCCCGCCAUCGAAGACUUCCCGGCCCCACUCACCCGGCAGACACAUGCUGUGCUGAGAAGCUCCUGGGCCCAGAGCCCUGUAGGGAUGUGGAGGGGCGGGAAUGGAGGCAGCUGCUCUGCAGACGGUGAUGCCGAGGUGCUGGCCACGUGAAGCUCAGGAGAGUCCCCUGAAGGAGCUCUAUAGGCAGAGUGUCAGGAGGGCCGAGCAGGGGGAGCCGAUGGCAGGGGUGGUGGUGGGGCCAGGCGAAGAGGAACAGAACACAGACCUCAAAGGAGGUGUCAUUGGGAAGAGGGGGGAGAGCAGGCGCCACCGGUUGGGGGGGGGGGGGGGGCACACGGGCUGUGAGCAGCGUUUUGGAUUCUGGAAUGAGCCUGAAGUGUCGGGGCAGCCGGGCUGGGGUUGGUUCCAGUGUGGGGAGCAGUGGCUGGCGGUUGGGAAGGUGGGUGGGGGUGUCUGCACCGGGUGGAGAAAGGGAUUCAGAGUCUGAGACCGCAGACCGGACAGUAGAGCGGCGAAGGCUUUCCGGAAGGGGAGGAGGGGAGGCAGAGCAGGGGAGUGGAAAUGCAGGGCGACCCUCCGCAGAGGGAGGAGGGUGCAUGGUUGGGUGCCGGUACUGGGCCAGCCCACCCAGCUCCGGUGAGCCCUGAGACAUGCCCUCGCCUUUAGCCUUCCCCUCCACCCCAUCCCCCGAAAACCGGCUCAGCACCAGCUGCCCCAGGAGGUUGAGAGUCCCUGUCUACAGGGCACCAUCUGCCUUUCAACUCGAGUGGACAAACCACAUGGCCAUCCUGAGCCAUUCGAGCCACAUCAAGCCUACAGCUCCCUCCCUCCCUCCACAGGGCAAGCGGUGGUUGGUCGGCACUGAGAAGGGGCUGAGGGGAGUGAGUGGGUUAUUUCGAACCCGAGACUGCUGUGCAAAUGCAAACACGCAGGACCCGGACCCCUUCCCUGCCCAGCAUGCCCUCCCCGUCCUUCCCAAAGCCCCACAGCGUGUCUGACCGGCUCUGAGCUGCCCUGUGCUGUCUGUUCUUGAACUUGGAAUCCAGCAGUCCAUGGCCUUGGCUGUGGUGACCAGGCCCCACCCCUGCCCCAACCAGACGCACUUCCCCAGCAGCCAAAAGAUGUGGGCACUGGGUUCUUGGGUCAGUGUGGGGACCUCAGGCAGAGAGCUGAGCAGACACUGAGUGUCAGGAGGGCCGAGUGUCAGGAACUGAGUGUCAGGAGGCAUCAUUGGGAAGAGGGGAGGCACACAGGGGGCACACCCCUCAGUUAUCACCCAAGACCCCCACUCGGUGGCCCAUU